AUGGCUGCAGGAAAGUAUGAUGCAGAAUACAUCAACUAUUAUUCUGGAAAGAAUGUGGACUACAUAAUUGCGUCCACAGUACUCGUGUAUUCCCCGCCUAGAUAUUAUUCACCGAAAUACAAUGAAUAUUUGUAUGCUCCAUUUAAAAGAAAUCCAUUUUAUCAACAGUAUAGCACACAAAUACCUGAAGCAUGUAACUCGUCAAAUUUUGAGUGUCCUGUUGUCCAUAUUCGAGAAAAAAUAAAAGGAAGGUUCACAUAUUCUGAUAUCAAUUCAUUUAAGGUAGUGAUUGUAUUUCCAUAUGCUGUUCUAUCCUAUUAUCUCGCAGAUUUGAUUACUACUGCAAUUCCAAUGUUUGUGCCUUCACCAUCAUUUAUCGUUCAAAAUAAGAUUAGUUAUGAUAUGAAAGCCGGAGAUCCUUCCUAUUGUGGAAAGAGAUUUCAGGAACCUCCUCGACAUCCUAAUUCAAAACACUUGUAUUCACCUGAGGAUUCUUCAGAAGAGGCCACUGAAUAUUGGCUUCAAUAUGCUUCCUAUUAUACUCCAUGCUCAAUUAUUUUCAACAAUAUCUCGCACCUAGUUGAGUUGAUGAAAACAACAAAUUAUUCUCAUGUGUAUGAAUGCAAUUUGAAGUAUCGCCAACAUAUUAUCAAUCACAACAAAAUGCAAUGGAAUAAGUUGUUUCAAAAAAUACAAGUAAAUAGAGUAAUGCCCACUAGUUGGAAUGAAUCGUUGAAUUGGUUUGGAGAAACAAGUUUUUACUAAUGUUGAUAUAUAAGUAAUACAAUAUAUAGUAUUUUUGUGAAAGAAUUAUGUGUGAUUAUUUCAUAUGGAUCGUUUUUCAUAAUUCUGUGCACGUGUCUUUUCCAAUAUA